GACUGCGCAUGCACCUCCGUGCAGUAUAACAGCUCCCUACGGCGUCCGCUCGGGGUCAUUCUUAUCCCUCGCGCGUUUCCUGAGGCGCCAUGGCCGGCCGGGGGAAGCUCAUCGCCGUGCUGGGAGACGAGGACACGGUGACCGGCUUCCUGCUGGGAGGCGUCGGGGAGCUCGAUAAGCACCGCCGCCCGAACUUCUUGGUGGUGGAGAAGGAGACCGCCCUGGCCGAAAUCGAGGAGGCCUUCCGGGGCUUCUUGUGCCGUGACGACAUCGGCAUCAUUCUCAUCAACCAGUACAUAGCGGAGAUGAUCCGCCACGUGAUCGAUGCCCACAACAAGUCCAUCCCUGCGGUGCUCGAAAUCCCCUCCAAGGAGCACCCCUACGACGCUUCCAAGGACUCCAUCCUGCGCCGGGCCAAGGGCAUGUUCACGGCGGAGGACCUGCGGUAGAUGGGAAAAGUGGGGCCCAUGUUUCUCGGCUGUUGCUGCUCUGUUACCCCCGUCUCAUAAAAGAGCUCUGCCUUUCCUUCGGUGUAUUUUCUGUCAAUAUUAUUCUCCAUGAUUCAGUUUCCUCUGUAACCCAGGAGUUUGCAAGCAGAGUGGUCUAUCUACAUUCCUGCUGACUUUGUCUCUAUUUAUUGUUUACUUAUGACAUUGGAAGUUAUAGUGGUGGAAACUGGAUGCUGUUAUCGCAACCUUGGGCAUGUCUACACUACCAAAUUUGAUGCAGUUUGACACUACUUUAACUGCCAUGGCUCCAUGCUAUAGCAUCCUAGGAUUUAGUUUGGCACCCUUUGGCAAAGAAGGCUAAAGGCCUUGCAAAGCUACAACUCCUGGGUUUCCAUAUCAUUGAGCCAUGGAAGUUAAAGUGGUGCCAAGCUGCAUUUAUUCUAUGUUGGGUAUUAGUGAGUCAACAUGUCACUUUGUGGAAUGGGGAAUGGGAGAUUUCAGCUUACUUUUUUUACAUAAUUCCUUUUAUUUUGGGUAUGCAUACCCAACAACAUAUCCCACAGAGACCUGUGUUGCAAAUAUAUAGGCAUUCCACAAGGUAUACAGUUAUCCCUCCACAUAUUACAUCUGUGGAUAAUGAAGUCUACCGAAGUUGAACCUGCAAAUGUAGACUCUGUAUUUCCCCUACUCCAUGCAAGGUGCAAUUAUUGAUUUAUUCCCUAAUUUCUGCUGGGGAAGCAUGGCUGCAAGGACAGCCAUUCCUUCAGGAAUACUCUUGUGAUGGCUCUUAUUGUUACUUUCCUUGUUGUUGCUUUUCCAAGAUCACAAAUGCAUUAUGGAAUAAUUGUUAAUGCUAUUUAUUUUCCUAAUUUUCCUUUCAAUGAACCUGUUUAUUAUAAAGAAAAGGAUUCAAUAAAGACAGAUUCAUUCCUUA